GCCGACAGGCAGCCAUCUUGGAUUUUGAUAGUGGCAAUUCGUCCCCAGAAGAGCAUGUUGAGACAUUGUGGACUGAAUAUGUAGCAAAAUCCAAUGCCAAACACAUUGUUAUUGUGGCCCAUAGCUAUGGAGGUGUCUGCACACUUGAACUGGCUAAGAACCACAUAGAUGAGUUUGAAGAGAAGGUAAUGGCUAUUGCACUUACUGACUCCGUCCAUAGCUUUGCUCACCAAAAAACAUCAGAACAAGUAAUCAAGUUCUACCAACAGAGAGCACAAAACUGGGCAUCAGCUGGGCAAAAGGAACCCCUAGAUGCCCCAUUAGAUUUCAAGAUGGACUUUUGCCCCACAGUAUCAGCAGGAACUGAUCGCCAUGACUACACCAGCUACAGUAGUAUGAAUUCAAUAUUCAAAUUUAUUGAGGAACGAUUUUCUGAGUCCAAGAAAGACUCAGACAGUGUAAAUAAUGAAUCAGAAUCAAGUGAUGUCAACCCUGUUCCAAAAGCAGAAAAAGAAAAAGCGAAUAAAGCUGAGAAAAAAUCAACAGACAGUGCUGAUGCUAUGGACAGUCUGUCAGGGGGGACAAUUGUGCAAGAAGACACUAGUGGCACACAGGAAAUGUCCAGUCAAUCAAUGCAUGAUACAGAGCCAAUGUCACAGGACACAAACAGCCAGGGGGGCACAUAUGAUGUGAAGAUGAACUCACAAGGACCUAGUUCUCCAAAGGCAGAACUGUGACUUUCAUGAUAACAAUAUAGUUUUGUACGCUUCAUUUGAAACUUUUGUGGUGUGAAUAUUUCUAAUAGUUUUGUAUAAAUGGUCACUGGAUACACUAAAAAUCCAUCUGUAUUUGACCCUGUUAACUUCAUCAUGAAUAAAGAUUGUAUUUGUAGUAUAUGAUA